CUUUCCUCAACAAAACCUAUCCUCUAUAAAUUCUCUCUCCCCUUGUCUUCCCCAAAACCCAUCAUACAUUGUUUCUCUCUCUACUAUUAGCAUAUGUCUCAGAGGCCCAGCGUUCCACACUCCUCAUCUGUAGCCUUUGCCCUCCAUUCUCAUCUCCUGGUCUCCAGUGAGAUGAACCCAAGCUCCAACUGGUCCUAUUGUUGAUUUUCAGGAACACCCACAACCGCUCCUCAGAUUUUGUCUCCUUCUCCAAUUCAUUUUCUCGGCUAGGAAUUAAUCAGAAUUUUUUCCGAGAAAAUCUGACAUGGGUGUCAAAGGAUUUGUUGAAGGAGGCAUAGCUUCGAUCGUUGCGGGGUGUUCGACCCACCCACUUGAUCUAAUCAAGGUUCGCAUGCAACUCCAGGGCGAGAACCAUGCCCCGAAUCCGAACGUCCAGAUCCGGCCAGCCCUCGCCUUCCAGAACGCCUCUUCAGGCAACAUCCGCGUUCCUCCGCCCCCUCCAGCCGCGCGUGUGGGCCCAGUCGCAGUCGGGAUCCGGAUCAUCCAACAGGACGGCGCCGCCGCCCUCUUUUCCGGCGUGUCCGCCACCGUCCUCCGCCAGACCCUUUACUCCACCACCCGGAUGGGCCUGUACGACAUCCUGAAGCAAAAAUGGACCGACCCGAACACAGGUAACAUGCCCCUCGUGCGCAAGAUAGGCGCCGGCCUCAUCGCCGGCGCAAUCGGCGCCGCUGUCGGCAACCCGGCCGACGUCGCCAUGGUCCGCAUGCAAGCCGACGGCCGACUCCCGCCGGCUCAACGCCGAAACUACAAGAGCGUAGUGGACGCCAUAUCACAGAUGAGAAAGAGCGAGGGAAUCACUAGCCUGUGGCGCGGAUCAUCGCUUACGGUGAACCGCGCAAUGCUGGUGACAGCAUCGCAGCUCGCAUCGUACGAUCAGAUCAAGGAGACCAUUCUUGACAAGGGACUGAUGAAGGAUGGGCUUGGGACCCACGUGACUGCAAGCUUCUCAGCAGGGUUCGUUGCUGCAGUAGCGUCAAAUCCAGUGGAUGUGAUCAAGACACGUGUGAUGAACAUGAAGGUGGAGCCAGGAAUGGCCCCACCUUACAGUGGAGCCAUUGAUUGCGCGAUGAAGACCAUUCGAUCAGAAGGGCCCCUGGCCCUUUACAAGGGUUUCAUCCCUACGAUAUCGAGACAGGGUCCAUUUACAAUCGUGCUCUUUGUUACACUGGAACAAGUCCGAAAGCUCCUCAAAGAUUUCUAAAUCAAGCGAGUUGCUAUAAAAUGAUGAUGACGACGAAGAAGAUAAAAAAAAAUAGUAAUUUUAAUAAGCAAGUGAAGUUGCAUUGGUGUCAGAAAUUAAUUUUAUUCUAAUAUAUAAAUUCCAGAUGUUGUAUUCGUGUUUAUUUUGUUUUUGGUGUUAAUAAUGAGUCCAUUUGUGGUGUGAA